ACAACGGGGCUCUUUAAGUUGCUGAGCGCGACACAGAGCAGCCAUUCAUUCCGGACUGCCGCAGGAGCGCGAGCCGCUCAGAGAGAGAGAGAGAGAGAGAGAGAGAGAGAGAGAGAGGUAAAGAAAGAUAGACAGAGUGUGUGCGUGAGCGGCGGAUAGCGCACACACACAUACACACACAUACACACACGCACGCGCGCGCACGCCGCGAUUCUGGUCCAGCGCCGUCAAGAAGAGUGUGUGAGCUGCUGAAUGCUGAACCUUCACACAGCACCAGGAGAACCACAUCAGGAACCUGGAUGGACACAUCCUUCUAAUAAAAGAUCAUCAGGCUACAAACAGAGAUCAAACAUUCACAGUGCAGCAGACUGUCCUCCAGAGGUCAGAGGUCAGACCUACUCAUCACUGUGGUGAAGAGCUCAGAUCACCUGCUGAGUGUAGAAGAUGUCAGCUGAAGAACAGAGUCUGUCUGAGGUGGAGUUGAGUCCCGGAGUGUCGGACGAUGGGGGCUCCGUGUCCCCGGGGCGGGCGGGUCACUCGGGGGACUCUCAGCUGGUGUCAGGAGGCGGGGCUGAGGAGGACGGGGCAGGCCUGUCUCACACAGGAGUCUCAGUAAAAUCGGACGACGAUGACGAGCGAUUCCCCAUCGGCAUCCGCGAGGCGGUCAGUCAGGUGCUGAAUGGGUACGACUGGACGCUGGUGCCCAUGCCGGUGCGCGUCAACACGGGCAGCAAGAGCAAGCCGCACGUCAAGAGGCCCAUGAACGCCUUCAUGGUGUGGGCUCAGGCCGCACGCCGCAAACUGGCUGACCAGUACCCUCAUCUACACAACGCUGAGCUCAGCAAGACACUCGGCAAGCUGUGGAGACUCCUGAACGAGAAUGAUAAGCGGCCGUUCAUCGAGGAGGCGGAGCGUCUGAGGAAGCAACAUAAGAAGGAUUAUCCGGAGUAUAAGUACCAGCCCAGGAGACGGAAGAACGGGAAGCCUGGAUCCAGCACCGACAGCGACGCCCACUCUGAAGGUGAUGUCACUCACAGCCAAUCACAUUACAAGAGCCUCCACCUGGAGGCGGGGCAUGGUGCUGGGGCAGGCUCUCCUCUGUCUGAUGGACACCACACACACCCUGCAGGCUCCAACCACAGCCCUCCGACUCCUCCCACUACACCCAAAACAGAGCUCCAGGGUGGCAAAUCAGGGGAGGGGAAGAGAGAGGGUGGAGCCAGAGGACUGGGCGUGGGGGCAGACGGAAGUUCCGCCUCUUCGUCUUCUUCCUCUUCCUCAAAACCUCACCUGGAUUUUGUGAAUGUGGACAUCGGUGAGAUCAGCCAUGACGUGAUGGCCAACAUGGAGCCGUUUGAUGUCAACGAGUUUGACCAAUACCUGCCUCCAAAUGGGCACCACCCAUCAGGCUCAGGCUCCGCCUCCUGCCCCGCCCCAUCUCCUUCACCUUACUCCUACUGGCUGUCGAAACAGCAGCUAAGCUCGGAAGGUGGAAAACCACAGAUCAAGAGCGAGACGCAUUUCUCGGGCAAUGCCGAUGCCUCGGUGGGAGGGGCUUCCACAUCAGGGGGUGGAGCAUCGGCUCAUGUCACAUACACACCUCUCAGUCUGCCUCAUUAUGGCUCUGCAUUCCCCUCCUUGGCCUCCAGGGCGGCACCGUUUGCAGAAUAUGGAGAUCACCAAGCCUCUGGAUCAUAUUACACACACUCCGGCCAAUCUGGGCUUUACUCUGCCUUCUCCUACAUGAGUUCCGCCCAGAGGCCAAUUUACACUGCCAUCACUGACCCCGCCCCUGGGAAUAGCCCCACCCACUGGGAACAGCCUGUGUAUACUACCCUGACCCGGCCGUAACACACACACACACACACACACAGAAACACAAGAACGAGACAUUAUGAUGACAACGUAGAUGAUGAUGAUGAUAAAGAUGAUGAGUAACAGUAAUGAUUUUGUCUCACAGAUCAGAUAUUUAUUGGGAAAAAACGUUUUGAUAGUCCACUAGCAAUACACACACACACACACACACAGUAGUGACAAACAUGAUGAUGACGAUGAUGUCUAACUAUGAAUACGGCUAAUCACACACACAGGCAGGCACAGCUAACAGAAACACACACACACACAGGACAUUUUUUCAGAGUGGAAUCUGAGUCUCAGUGUCUCUGAAGGACAUUUUAUCUGCACAUUUAAACAUCAAACUUUAUUAUUAUUAUUAUUAUUAUUAUUAUUAUGAAUUAAUCGUUCUUUCUUAUUAACCAAAACAAGGCCAUUUCCUUUGUUAUUGUUGUUCUAAUCCCUGACGUGUCUGGUUUAGUCGUCAUGGCGACGGCUGAGCUGCAUGUUGGUGAUGAAGUGGGUGUAAAUAUGCUAAUGUUAGCGUGAGGAGCCGCGUUUCAUCUCAUAACGACACUGUAACACUUUCAUCCAAACACAUCCUCCAGUGCCUUCAGCACACACACACACACACUCCAUCAGAAGAAGUGUGUGAUCUUUAAAAGUGUAUAAUCUCUCAUAAACGACAGAAACACUGCUGCCAGCUGCCAGAAUUCAUGAGGGGUGGAGCUUGCAGCAGGUGGGCGGAGCAUCCACACUACUCUGACUCCAGACAUGUAAUGAUUUAUUCCAUGGACAUCAUGUUAAUAAAUAUUUUCACUUUCUUCUUUUUCCUUUUUUCUAAUUUUAACUGUAGUCUUCAUUGGUCUAUAUCCUGUAGUGUUAUAUAUAAAAACAUACAAAAACUAUACAGUGUUAGAGAAUCUACACGCAGUGGGUGGAGCUUAUUUUAUUUAUAUUAUUCUCUUUAUUCCUUCAUUUCCUUUUAAGAGACUUUUUCGUGUUACUUGUUGUUUUGUGUACAAGUUUUUUGUUAAUGUGUUCCAGUAGAAACUAACGACACACAUACUAAAUAAAACUCAGUCCAAUUUUCUAUAAAACUGCUGUCUUUGUGUAACAGACACACACACGCACACACACACAGUUUUUUAGAUGUAACGGUCAGACUGUGUGAGAGACGUCGCAGUGUUACACCACCACAGC